AUGCAUCUGCCACAUUUUGCCGGCAAUUUUGAACCGAAUCGACACUCUCUAACUUUUUCCGAUUUUCAGCAAAUUUCCAGCUGUUUUAUGGUGUCGGAGCCUGAAGAUUACGCGGACUUCCGCAUUUUAGCGACGCGAUGUCCGUCCGGGAGCAAGAAGAACUCGAUGGCAUUCGAUGCGACGAACGGAAUGGCACGCUAUCGGUUUUCACUCGGUGAAGUACUCUCAUGGAACAUCGAUCUCGAUGUAAUCGUGGGGAACGGUUGGACACGGAUCACAUUGCGAGAAAUUCCACGGUUUCUCGUCGACGCGCUCGAUCGUGUCAUGGCUAAAGGACUCGAUGUUGAUGGAAUUUUUCGCAAAGAGGGAAGUUCGGUUCGACUGAAUAAACCCGAAAUCCUCGAAAUUUACCGCGGUAUGCGACCGAUUCCUGAUGAUUUCACUGUUUGGGACGUGUGUACGAUGGUGAAGCGGUUUCUGAAAGACUUGAAACCGACGCUCCUGAACUCGGACAACGUCCGUAUGAACAUACUUCGAAAGGCAAAGAUGGCACGAGAAACUGGAGAAUUUGAACUAUCACAUCUGGAAAUGGUUGAAAUAUUUGAAUCGACGGGUCGACAUUUGUCACCAUCACAUCUCGGAACACUAGGCUAUGUGAUGAGAUUGCUGAGUCGGAUUGCGAAGCACUCGGAUACACACAAAAUGACAACGGAUAACCUGGCCGUUGUGCUAGUUGGCUCCGUUUUCGGAGAUUUCAUGACAAGUGGUGGGACAGAAUCACGGAAGAAGAUGCAACAAGUGAAAAAGUGCACCGAAGCGGAUCUCAUGGCCAAAAAAGAAGACAUGGGGGUGCAAGUAGCCGCUGUAAAGCUGCUAAUAGUCAAUGCUAACCUUAUCGGACUUCCGCACGGUCACUACGUUUCUAGCAAUCGUCUUCAUCUGAACAAUCAUCAUUUGAAUGUUCGAAGCACAUCAGCAAUGCCAACUGUCCGAUGUACAAGCCUUUCCGAUAAUGAACAAACACCCACAUCAUCUAACACACCAAAAGUUUUCAAUAUGGCAAAAGCAUCAAUGAUGCAUCAGAUUCAUCCGAAUUCUGACUCACAAAAGACUUCAAGGAACCAACUCACGAGACGAGAUUCCGAUUUGACUCAUAUGAAAGCGAUGAAACCGAGAGAGCCAGUAGGAACAAAAAGAUCCUCCUCAUUCCUGCCAAUACCAUCACUCCGUGGUCUUCGUGACAGAGUAUCCAAUCAGUUUCUCAAAAGGAAUAAGAGUCCGAGUCCCGAUAAGUUACGCCGUCAACUUUUCAAGCCACAAACUUCUGCUGAUACACCACAUAUGAAUCCGACGUCUUCUGCAAGUCUUCCUCCGCCGCCACUUCCACCGGAUCACUCGACUCCGAUUGCUAGAAGACAUGCUUCUGGAGUUGACAGUGACGUAGAUGAUAACAGAAGAGCCGGAGACUCGAUUCGAAGCAUUCAGAAGCAUGGUUCGACAUCAUCUGGGAGGAAAUCGCGAACACACACGAAGAAAGGAAACAUAAAUUCAGCGAUGAAGGGAAAUCAAUUUGAUUCGGACAGUCAGAAGUCGUUCCAAAUGUCACCGAAUCCAAUGGAAAAGAGAACAUCAAUCUCUUCAACCUCAUCAACGAUCACUAAUCGAUCUCUUCGCCGCAUAUCACAGUCCGAUCAGAAUAGUUUUACUCGUGGCGAUGCGACUCCGCCGAAAAAGAAGAAAUCUGGUUCAGGCACUGCUUUGACUCGACGGAAUACUGCCGAUGGUCUACGUAAAGAUCAUAAUCAUCAUAAUCGGGACCGUCGUCCGACACGUCGACCAACAUAUUGGGGAGUCGAUACGAUUACGGAGGAGAAAGAGAAUAGAAGAAGUGUUAUUACUAUUGAUGAUCUACAAAGUGAAGAGGAAGACCCAAAAGAGAAAAGUAUGAUGGAAGGAACUUUUGAAAACGAAGAGUCUGUUUUGGAACUGAUGAACAGCCAAGCUAGAUUGCGACGAGUUGGUGUCGCAGAGCGACGUCAGCGCCGUAUAGCUAACGCGAACUCGGGACCAUCGGAUAGUAUGAUGGUUCUGAAUGGAUCGAUGGCAGCAUUCGAAAAGCUUCCACCUACACCACAAAGCAUGAAAGUUACGAUUGGAAAGAAAGGAUUUCCAGGUCCAAUUAUUGGGAAAUCGCCAUCGAAAAGUCAGCAAGAAUAUCCGACUGUCUUCGAAACACCGAUUAGAGGAAAAGAGGAAUUGAGAGUGAAAUCUAUGACGUCUGCGAAAUCGAAAAUCGGUCAACAAUUGGAAAGAGAAAUGAAGCAACGGUUAGAUGUAGUGGCGACACCGAUGCUCAGUCGACGGACUGCAUCUGAAUCAGUGGCGCAUCGAGUUCAAAUUACUCAACAAGAACCACUUACAGCUAUUCCUUUAAGAAAGUUGGAUAGCAUUGGGGUCCACCAGCAUGGUCAUGCUUGGGUCGGAAAGAGUCAAACAGUCGUGUCUUCCCCGAUUCAAAGAAAUCAAGUGGAGAAAGCGAAGGAAGCUGAGAAAGUUUCACCUAUUCUGGCACGUUCGCCGCUAUUUCGAUCACCAUCCACUGCAACUCCGACCAAUUCAGAAGGGAGAGCAUCUCCAUUCUUCGGAUUCAGAUCAAAGUCUCAUUUGACAGAAGAUCGUAUUUUCAGCAAUCAAGAAUACGCCGCACUUGCUACGCCACCACGUGAGAGAAGAAUUCAGAGUCGUCCAGCUCGUCUUCCGCAAUCGAAUCUCAUCUACUCGUCUCCGAAAAUGAAACCAACUGAUCAUCUAACUUCUACUUCACCCCUGUUAACCAGAUCAUCUUCGAUGAUGACGAGUUGCUCUCCAUGCAUAAUGACUGGAUAUCGACAACAGGCUCACUUGGCUCUGUCGCCAUUGGUUCAGUCGAAUAAUACUGACGAUUCUCAAACAUUCAAAUGCCCAUUCUUGCCACCGAUGAAAUCUCACGAGUCGAAAGAGAGAAAGAAGAAUACUUCGACUUCUUCAUCGAUUAAUCGACAUUCUUCUACUCCACGAACACCGAGAAUUUCUGCGCAGACUGCAGAUAGCAGCACUGAAUUGGGAUUUGGAGAUUUCAAUGAAAUUAUAAAGAACUCGACGGAAGAUACGAAAUUCCCACUUUUGCACCAACCCGUUGAAGCACGUCCAUCUGUGACCGCUCUUCGUAGCUCAGCGUGUGGACUCGUCCAAUCAAGAAUCAAUCACUUUCAAACAAUAGAAAGAACUAGUAUCUCUAAUCGCAGAGUGUCUACCGACAUGUCAAUAUCUGGAGGACGUCCAUCUGGAGUGUCGACGACUUCUCUCAAAAGCAUUGACACAACUACUUCGUCUUCGGGAAAACUCUAA